CGUGUACGUCAUUUUCACAAUGGCGGAGGCAGGGUGAGGAGCAGUGUAUGUGUGUGUGAGAAACGGCUCGUAAUCGUUGGAGCUUACGCUGCAUUGCCCGAAUUCGUGCGCGGUGCCUGAAAAUGGCCCUAAACUCCACCACGAUGGGGAAAAGGGACUCGGAAUAUACCGAUACAGGCAGUCUACAUCAGAAAAGUGGCGAGCCCCAGAAGACUUCAGCCGCCACCUCGGCCCCAGCCAACCAAAAUGGCGAUCAGCCUGGCUGUGGAGACAGUGUAAUACUCGAGCAAGAAGCCCCUGAGCGGCAGACGGACGCUCGGAGCUGGAGCGGUUCACCCACACCAGGCCAGAGACGAAGCGAGGAGCGGCCUCGGAAGUCUUUUCAAAUCCCGAGGAAGAAAGAACGGAAAGGUUUGUUCCAGCUUCUGCCCCCUGACAGCCGUGAGUUUGAAGACCUUGUGAAGCUUGUCUCCUCCUUUUACCUGGAUGCAUCAUCAAGAGGAACGUUCGCCUACUGCAAGGCCAGACUCAUUCACAAUGAACUACUGGAAAAGGAGUUCAUUGAAAAGCGGAGGGAGAUGAAGCAAGAAGGCCGGACAGAACAAGAACUGACAGAAUCAUACUGCUUCUUGUAUCCAGAUAAAUCCAAGCUUCAGUGGAUCUGCGAGAAGGGUUUGUCAGUAGGACACUCCAAGAUAACAACAGUCGGAAAUCCAACAGUUGGUGUUUAUCUAGCCAAAUUCUCUGAUUUGUUACAAAUCAAUCCGUUUGAAGUUGGUGCAGUUGGAGACAUCAUCAUUUUUAAAGUUAUGAGGGGAAGAGUAAAGCACAUCCAUGAAAACAUGCCAAAUAACGCUAAGGAACCUGCAACUAAGUUUGACUGUCAUUUGUCCAAAAGUGCCAAUAGGGUUACAUCUUUGCUGUCGUACAGAGCAUUUGAGCGCACACAGCAAUAUUUUUUUGAGUUUGCAUUUGAUGAAAUUAAAGCACGGCCCAGGCAUGUGUGCCCCUACGCUGUGUUUUCCUUUCAGUACAAAGGCAAGGAAGUUGCAGCGACUUCUUUAACUACACACAGACUUAACGCCAUGCCCUCUGAAGGAAGUCGAGGGCGUCGCUGCUAUUCUGUGUGGAGAGGUUCAUUGGUAAACAAAGGCCAAGAGUUAUUUCCCAUCUGUUUACGAUCAUCUUCGCGCCCCUACCUUCCUUUCAAACUACCUGAGAAGCUGGAGGUAAAUCAGGGUAUGCACCUUGAGCAGGUGAAGCGAAAGAUUCCAGCAGUGCUCUUCUCUUGGGACACCUACAGCGCAUCACGGGAAGUGAUGAAAUAUGGGAUGACAUGCAGUCUUUUUGAGGUUGUAGAAGGAAAAGGAAAAGUCACCAGUGGAAGUCUGGCAGCACUGAUUAACAAACUUGAGAAAGACAGGCUGGUGUUGGUGAAGUGCCUGUUUGACCGAGGCUUUCUCUUCCUGUUGUCCUCAGCGCAGAUGGUGGAGUCUAAAGAACGGCGGGGGCGGGUUGAAAAGAGCCUGCAAUCAAUAUUCCUCUUUCACGAGUCAAGAGCAGUUAUCAAGUAUUCUUCACGACUGCCCGAGCCAGAGCCACUGAAAACAGAGCCACAGACAACAUUCCAGUCUUUGGAACAAUUCAUCCCUGCCCUGCAUUACGCCUUCUUCACAUUGCGACCCAACCCAGGCAAGGACCCAAGUUCAGGUGUGGAGCGACAGGCCACAGAUUAUUUAAGUCGCAUAGACUCAGGACGAGUGCGGCCAUUCAUCUUGCCUGACUACAAAUAUAGUGUGGGUGAUAGGCCAUGCACCUUUCCCCUACCCAGACCCAAAGGGAACAUGGAAGCCUUACUGCGUUCUUACAUCCACAACCCUUCCAAUUAUACUUUACCUCUGAACAAGGCAAAAGACAUCAUCGAAAGGAUACACCAUCCCACACCUGUAGCUGAGCCAGUCUCAGUAGAAUACAGUCCUGUUUCUGACUGGGGUGGCUCAGACCGCUCUGAAAGGACAGCACCAGAAAGGCUUGCACAAGAGAAGCCACCCUCGGACACCAGCAGACGGAGACCAGGGUUGGCCCAUUCAAAUGGAGCCCAGUUGCAGCACCAGUCCCACACUGAAUCCCAGCCAGACCAUCCAAGGUUGCAGCUGUCACAGAAUGAGUACGAUAAAGACAAGAUGAAGCAGCUCCUUAAACUGAUCCAACAUCAUAAGAGAGCACUAGUUAAGGAUCCUGGGAGGGACACAGGAGAGGAUGGAGGCUGGGUGUCCAACAAUCUCAAAAGGAAAUUUGAAGGUGAUGAGAGGGGCAGCACGAACAAACACCAACGCACAGAUCUGCUGAGCAAUGGUGAACCCAGCAGAGGGAUGCCAGUGGAGGAGAUUGGAGAAGAGGGUGGACAGAGUGAAAAUCUGACAGCAGUUAUGGAAAGCAUAGGGAUCUAUGACACUGACUUGAGGGCUUGUGACAACACCAAUACUACAGCAGUUCAUGAGACCCAGCGUCUCCUCAAGAUCCUGCUCGCCACUCUUAACAAAGCUGUUGCUCAGGGAUCAAUAUCUGUGCAAUCAAAUCACGGUGAACAGUCAACAGGUCCUGAAAGCGGGGAACCUGCUAAUCCAGCCUCUGAUCUUGGCAAACAAAAUGAGCUCUCAUCACAAACAAACUACACAGAGGAGGAUAUGGAUUGUAGCCCCACAAGUCCUUUUAGUGCAGGCUCUCCAAUAGACCAAGCUCAAACCUCACCCAACACAACUUUUGUCACACCCGCAAAUGAAGAGAAAUUGCAGUCGCUGCUUGAGCCAGAGCCAGACACUGUGAUGAUAGAGAGCCUCGUGCCGAAACCACCCAUAGAAAUGGAAGUAAAAAAGGCAGCACCAGCACUGACGUUACCACUAGCAGUGGAAGUCCCUUUCAUGCCCACUAUCAGCUUGGACACCAUACUGAACCAGGAAAUUCACAGCCUCACUUCUGACAUUAAAAACAUCAUGCAGAGUCAUCAUAUAACUUACACCUUGCAGCUACCGCCACGGCUACCUCUGCGUAAUUCCUGGCAGCACAGUUGUUGCUUCUCAGACUUCGUUGUAGACAAUGUCACCCCUGUGUCUGUGGCAGAGCAUGUCACAGCACUUUGUGAGCAACUGGAAAGGUUGAUCCCAGUCCCACCUGUUCCCUCCAAGGCUGCUUCCCCAGCGGCCAUAGGGACAUCAGAUUUAACAAUAUCAUCACCCCUGCAAACUUCCAGAACUGAAAUACAGCCCCCCCUGAUGAAUACUGACUCAACUCAGAUUAUUAAACAAGGCACUGUCAAAGAGACUAAGACUAAAGCAGAUGCUGCAUCAGCAUACAUAGAGGAUGAGGCCUACUCUCCUUCUCAGAUUCCACCAGAGUCAUCAGAGAAAUCCCAAAAGUCAGCCUCUGCUUCUGCUUCUGCUUGUGCUUCUACAUCUGCGUCUGCCUCUGGUUCUGUUGCUGGGGAUUCGACCGGGGCAGGCACUGGCACUGGUACUGGACUUCUGGCGGGCAGCCUCAUUGGUCAACUAAAGCCUGAGGUUUUCAGCAGCUUGGUGGAGAUCUUCAAGGACGUUACCAAAAAUACAGUGAAAUUUUACAUCUACUCCGGUGACGAGGGGGAAGAGAGUACUGUUUGCAAGGAGAUAAAGGAAUAUUUGAAAAGCCUUGGCAACAGUGAGUGCAGCCCAGCGAUGUUUCUGGAAAACAACAACAGUCUAGACAAGCUACUCAUCAUCAUUCAGAAUGAGCACAUUGCUGCACAUGUGCACAAGAUCCCAGCACUGGUGUCUUUGAAGAAGCUACCCUCAGUGAGCUUUGCUGGAGUUGACACUCUGGACGAUGUCAAGAAUCACACCUACAAUGAGCUGUUUGUAUCUGGAGGCUUCAUGGUGUCUGAUGAGUUUGUCCUUAAUCCUGACCUCAUAACACAGGAUCGCUUACAGACAUUGCUGACGUUCUUGGAAGAACAAAGUACCCCUGAACAGCCCUGGCAGUGGAAAGUGCACUGCAAGUCACAGAAGAAGCUGAAAGAAAUGGGCAGGUUGAACGCCAAUGCAAUGGGGUUACUAAACCUUCUGACAGCCUACCAGAAAAAGCAUCUUGUAGAAUUCCUUCCUUAUCAUGAGUGUGACGCCCAGUCACGCCAGGCUCCCGAUCUUGAUUGCCUGAUCAAGCUUCAAGCACAACACACACAACAGCGACAUCUCAUCUUCGUCACAGAGAGGCCCUUUGAGAUGUUUUUACAGUAUUCCAGAAAUGGAAUAGUCAUAGCAAGCAUUGAUGAUAUUAUGAGUGGCUUCCACAGCCUGAUUGGCACCAUCAAUCAAAAUGAGGUUCCAACGCCUGCUUCUACUGUAGCGAAUGAUGAGUGUGUGGAAGCGGAAGACAUGUCAUUAGACUCAGAUGAUUGUGAGAUGCACACAAUCACUGAAAGCAAAGCGCAAAACCUGGAAGAUGAGAAAGAGAAGUCGCCACAGCCACCCCCUCCAAAUAUGGAUGAGUUCCAGCCGCCAUUGCCCGACCAGGAGGCCAACCCUGAUAUAACUCCUCCACAGCCUGAGUACAACGCUCUCAAAACAGCCAUCAGUCAAUUCAAAGCUACAAACCAGAUAGGCAUUGGCUCCUCGGACAUGGGCAACUUGUCUCCUGGAGGUUUCCCUGUGAACCCCCACCAAAGUUUCCUGUGUCCCUCUGCCAGUUGGUCAUCUUACACCGGCUCUUCUAGCUAUACAGCCUCCCCAGCUUAUCCCGCCUCACCCUGCAGCAGCAACCAGGAACAGGAAUGCCGCCCUCCGGUCACAACUUCUACUGCAGCUACCCCCCCUACUGUCAACACCACACCUGGGCCUCUUGCCAAUCUGGCUUCCCUCCCUUUGGAGAUCAAACCUCCUCCUCCACCUCACCUUAUGUUGCUAGGUCACACAUUUGGUUCAGACUCCACAGGAGGUGGAGCUACAGGGACUACUCCACUCACUCCAUCUCUUCCUUUUGCAGACCACAGCGACUCAGCCAAGCAAAGUUACAUGACUGGCAUCGCCAUAAAUGCCAGUUGUACCACAGCACAACAUGCAGACAUGACACUGAGUGCACCUGGAGAGGGGUCGUGGGAGACAGCAGGAUCCACCACCAGCACUGCAAACAAUCAGCUUUUGGUUCCCUCUGGGGCAGUUGACACCACUGGACUGCCCAAGAGUGGUGAAAACCUUGGUGGCAGCAACCCUGGUUGUCAGAGUGGUAGGACUCAGGUGAAUUGCACUGACAAAUCUUCUGUGGGUGUUCUCGCAGCUGCCACCAGGGGGGGCUCAGUAGUCAGACCUAAAUUUCCUGCACAGCCAAUGCGUGGCAUGGGCUACGGUAAUGUAGUCGGCAGUAGCCCUGCACAGAUGAAUCAUGGGCCUAUGCGACCUGCAAUGGGUCCCACGGCAUUCCGUGGGAGAGGAGUACCUCCAAGUGGAUUUUGGCCACGGCCAGGGCGAGGACAUGAACGGACGGAUGGAACUGGUGAUGGUCCAUGCUCUUGGGGUUACCCAGCAGGCAGGGGUGGGCCACGGAAUUACUACACAGACUUCACAUACUCUCAUAAUUAUGCCCCUGAGUAGACAAUCAACUUGCCAGUAGGGGCAACAUCCAGAGACUAUUCCAACUGGCUGAAUGUAUAUAUAUUACUUGUCAUAAAUCUAAUGAUUUCAAUUGAUAAAUAAGGAUCCUGGUUUUCUACAUUAAUAAAGGUUGAUACAGGCAGUGCAGAGUGUCCUACUGUUGCAUAAACUGUAUGCAGACUCUUUCCAUGUGAGAUAUUCAGACUCCCUGUUCAAACCACUAUAUUUAUAUUUGCCAAAAAUGCUAUUGGCCUUUCAGCGUCUCUGAAUUUACCCUGUAAUUUCUGUUUAUUCUGGUUUUGAAACGCUUUGUGGACAUGGGGAAAGUAUAAUAUUUUUUUAUUAAAAAAUAAUCAAGUGAGUACAACCUAACUUGCUGUUUGUUUUCUUAUUUUACACAUUUUGGCUGUCCUAAAUUCUUUGGAAAUAAAACAUUUCAAAUAUUUUGUGUUUGUGUGAUGGCGUUUGAUGACAAUGUCAAACAAACCAU